UGUCUUCUGAGUCUUCUCUCCGUGGAGGGUAAUUAAUGCACGUGGGCCAAUAUCAAAUAUAAAACCUGAAGAAAGUGUGCGUUUCAGUAUUAAUCGCUCAUCUCUCUACAAUAGUUUAAAAAAUAAAUAAAUAAUAAUUGCAGUCAAGAUGAAUAGAAACGUGAAAAUCGCUCGUAAAGAUAAUGGUGUUAUCAAUAGGACGAAUAAUAAUCGUAUAACAAGGAAAAGAAAAUUAAAACAUGAAAAUGAGGUUAAACGUAAAGCAAAGGCAAAAGUAAGCGAAGAGGCCAAUAAAGCAAGUAGUUGUGACGAGGGUGAGAUAAUGGUUGCUGAAGACAGCAGUGAUGAAAAUGUUUUGGAUAAGGAAGAGACUGUAAAUAAAAGUGAUGAAGAAGCCGAUACAACCGACUUCAGUGAGGAUGAUUUGAAGAAGAGGAUAACAGAUGAUGAAGAAACUGAAAUUCAAGCUGCCAAAACAAAGACGAGAAAAACAAAAUACAAUUCUGCCGAAGAAACUCGGUUGGAAAAACUAGUUUUUGGAGAUCCUGGCAAUGUCAUCAAAAAUUUGCUUGUACAUGAUGACUCGACAAAAAAAAGUAUCGCAAAAAGAAUUGAAGGCCCAAGUAUUUCAACUGAUGAAUCUGACCAAGAUGAUGUUCGGUUUGAGAUGGAGACUGAUUCAGAAGAUGACCAUCAUGGAAUGGAUAAGACUGCUAAGACAGUUGCAUGGGUAGACGAUAAUGACGAAAAUUAUUCAAUAGCGGCUGCUCUGAAGACUCAACGACGGAGAUUGCCCAAAGGUCGACAAGAACAGACGUACACCCAAUUGCUGGAGAACAAGUUAACACAAAUAGUUGGGAGUCCAAAAUGGGCUCGACUGAAUACCCAAGUAAAAAAUAACGACGAUGAUGAAGAUUCGGACUCUGAAAUUUUACGGCACAGCAAUCAUUUAACAGUCCCAACAACAAGAAAACUUCGUAAGGGUACAAUCGAUAUUAAAGUUUUAACGGAUAUAAACAAAUCUACGCACACUGAGGGUCCGAUUGUUACAAGUGUUGAAUUCCAUCCGACAUCCACUGUAGCUAUGGUAGCAGGGUUAUCUGGAAUUUUAUCUCUCUUUCAAAUUGACGGUAGAGAAAACACGAAAUUGCAAAGCAUUCGCUUCGAAAAAUUCCCUAUAAACUGUGCAAAAUUUUUGCAUCAAGGGAGCGAAGUGAUUGUAGGCUCACGCAACUGUGCGUACAGUCAUGCUUACGAUCUGAUGAGUGGUAAAACUCACAAAAUACCACUGCCCCAUGGUGUUACAAAUAUGCAGAAAUUUGAGACGUCUCCUGAUGGGAAAUUCAUCGCUGUGAUUGGGAAAAGAGGUGUGAUUCAUUUAUUGUUGAGUUCGACGAAAGAACUAGUGACCAAUUUCAAAAUGAACAGAAGAUGCCUUGCAAUAGGAUUUAGCCCAAACAGCGAUAAACUCAUUACUCAUGGAGAUGGUGAAGAAAUGUACAUAUGGGAUUUGAAGAGUCGAAGCUGUAUUCACAAAGCGGUCGAUGAUGGGUGUAUCACGAGUUCAGCGAUAACAUUUUCACCUAGCGGACAAUUCCUGGCAACUGGGAGCAAACAGGGAGUAGUCAACGUUUAUGAGACCGAAACCGUUCUCCGAGAAAAAUAUCCAAAACCAUUGAAGAUUGUUUUGAAUCUUGUCACACCGAUAACUAAAUUGAAGUUUAAUCCAGCCUCAGAAAUAUUGUCGAUGGCUUCAAAAUGCAAAGAAAAUGCAUUUAAAAUGAUGCACUUACCAACAUUUACUGUUUUCUCAAAUUUUCCAACGUUUCAAACGAAAAUGUUUCAUCCUCUAGACAUCGAUUUUUCACCUGGCAGUGGCUACCUUGGACUGACCAACGAUAAAGGUUAUGCUUAUUUGUACAGGUUGAAACAUUAUAACAAUUAUUAAUUCAAAUGAACAAUCGGAAAAAUACUAUUGAUGUGGGAAAUUUUUUAUCAUCGCUGGAAUGCCUCCAAACGAAUGAUCAUUGAAAAAAUAUUGAUGAAUAUUUAGGCUACGAUGAAACAUGAAAUGUUCGUGAGACUCGUAGUACUCUGAGUCUCCUACACUUGUCUUGAACGAAUGAAAAUAAUGGCGUGCCUCCACAAUGACUAAUAGUAUGGAUAGGUGUUAAGGCAGUGUGACCGUGACAGAACAGAUAAAGAAAUUUUUUGAUUUGAACUCUGUAUAUUUUCCUGAAAAAAACCAAAAAAAUCAAAUUAAAUUACGAAAAUUCGUUAGCCCAUUCAUGAAGAGUUCCAAGACUCGUUAUCAGAGAGACCGAGUUUCCAAUCAUUGACAAAUCAUUUAGAAAACCGUUUUUUGAAAAUGAGGAAAAAAAAUUCUUUCCCGUUCAACGAAAUUGAAUUUUAAUCUGAAAAUCAACUAAAACAGAAUAAAAUUGAUCUAGUUAUGACUAGAGCUGUUCAGAAAAGGUGA